AGCAAAGCUGUCUCACUUCACCAGCCGCUCAAUCCUCUCCCAAGAAUCGAUCGGCCGGCCAUGGCGGCAGCAGCAGCGACAGCUCCGGCGGCAGCGGUGGUGCGGCGAAUGAAGCUGGGGUCGCAGGGGAUGGAGGUGUCGGCGCAGGGGCUGGGCUGCAUGGGCAUGUCGGCGGUGUACGGGGAGCGGAAGCCGGAGGCCGACAUGGUGGCGCUCGUCCGCCACGCCGUCGCCGCGGGCGUCACCUUCCUCGACACCUCCGACGUCUACGGGCCGCACACCAACGAGGUGCUCGUCGGCAAGGCGGUGGCGGCGGCGGCGGCGACGGAGGAGGAGGUGCAGGUGCAGGUGGCCACCAAGUUCGGCAUCACGCCGGCGUGGGAGGUGCGCGGCGACCCGGCGUACGUGCGGGCGGCGUGCGAGGGCAGCCUCCGGCGGCUCGGCGUCGGCUGCAUCGACCUCUACUACCAGCAUCGAAUCGACUCCACGGUGCCCGUUGAGAUCACGAUGGGUGAGCUGAAGAAGCUGGUUGAAGAAGGCAAGAUCAAAUACAUUGGAUUAUCUGAGGCCUCUGCGUCGACGAUAAGGAGGGCUCACGUGGUUCAUCCGAUCACCGCAGUUCAGAUCGAGUGGUCACUGUGGUCAAGGGAUGUCGAAGAAGACAUUGUUCCAACUUGCAGAGAACUUGGCAUUGGAAUUGUGGCGUACAGCCCGCUAGGGAGAGGGUUCUUCUCCAGUGGAGCUAAACUGGUCGAUGAACUUCCUGACGACGAUUUCCGCAAGAGCCUACCUAGAUUCCAGCCAGAGAACCUCGAGAAGAACGCGGCGAUAUUCGAGAAGGUUAAUGCCAUGGCAGCGAGAAAGGGAUGCACAUCGUCGCAGCUCGCACUGGCCUGGGUUCAUCACCAAGGGAGCGAUGUCUGUCCCAUACCAGGAACCACAAAGAUCCACAACUUCGACCAGAAUGUGGGAGCACUGUCAGUGAAGCUCACACCUGACGAGAUGUCUGAACUUGAGUCGUAUGCUUCAGCUGACGUUGUGCAAGGUGACAGGUAUCAUGGUACUUUUCUGAACACCUGGAAGAACUCUGAAACUCCUCCGCUGUCAUCGUGGAGAUCAGGCAAUUAAUUAGUCAGAGAGAUUGUCAUCUGCUGGGAGUUUGAUGGAGUUUUAUUGUCACAAAUAUAGAUAGCUUGGUGUAUCAAUCACAUGUUUAUUAUGCAAAUAAAAGUUUGUAUGGAUUGAUAAUGUUCCAGUGUUUUUGCCAUGUGGCGCAGCAGUGGUUUGUAUGAUUUGGAUGAUAUAUAGUAUCUUUUGUAAGUUGGGUAUAUGAUAUCUAUUAAGCAUAGGAAUAUAGAAGUUUCGCUUGCCAUAAUAUGGCUCAUGAAUAAACAAAUGUCCUGAACAGCCAAAGUUUGACUA